ACGGGGGCGGCGGGGCUGAGAUGCUUUGUGGGGUGCGGUGGAGGACCGUGCCGUGGCCCGGGCGAGCCCCGGGGACGCGGCCGUUCCCUCUCCGUUCGCACGGCUGGUGCGGAAAACGCGCUCGGAAGCGGGGAAGUGCUCUGCCGCGGGGGGGGGGGGGCCGGAGCGCCGCCGGCUGGACGUGUAACUAACUGUUCUCUCUCUCUCCGGCUGUCGGACGCGCACCUUUCCGGAGGAUGGGGGCGGUGACCGAGGCCCGGUGCGGUGACCCGAGCUUGUGCGAACAGCGCCUGGGUCUCUGCGGUCUAGCACGCGGCCACGCCCGGCAAAGCCCGCUCGCCCUGUGCUCCUUGACGCGUAGGGUUGGCGCAUCCCGGUGGUGCUCGUGGGCGCGGGGGGCCGUGGGGCGCGGGGUGGGGCCCGGGAGUGUGUCCCGCGCGUCCGUGCCGGACGCCUACCGGCCCGCGGCGAUGUCCAUGCCCCACGCGGGUGUUGGAAGGGCCUGGUGCGGGGCGGAGGGGUGAGUGUCUGCCCUGGUUGGCGGUGGACGAGAUGACCUGGGGCCCAUGGGUGGGCAGAUCUUCACCGAGCCCCAGCCGCAUCCCUUAGCCUCCGUGCGCUCCGUGGCUCCUGGGACAUUCGGGAUGUGCUGUGGCUUGCGCUGUUCCCGGGGACAGUGCUGCACUGGGUGAGCACUCAGGAGGUCGUGCAGGACUUGGGACACAAGCGUUUGUGUGCGGGGAAAGCCUCCCUUUCUUUUGACACAAGCCGUAACCGGGAGCCGGGUUGGGUAACGGAGGACAUAUGGGAGCUGCAGUUGUCCCUGUAACGCUCAGGAGGAGGGGGGCUCAGAAGGGUUCUGUGACUUACCCCAGGUCGCACAGCAGAGCUUCGGAUCAGACAGACAGGCAGGCAGAGUCCACGGAUUCCUACCCUGAACUGUACUCCCUCGUUGUCCAAGGCCACUGACCUCGUCCGUCCAGUGUUGCUCAGUACCUGUCGGACCUUCCUGUUUUAAGGCAGAACAUUUAAACAUUAAACAUUUAAACAUUAAACAUUCCCCCCGGCCCCCCGGGGAAGAGCAGCAGAGGGGACUCUCUGCUUGCUUCUGCUCUCAUUAGAUCGCCCAGAGCUGGCCUGCCUUCUUGAGUCACCACCUUCUUCAGCAUUCUGGGCACCCUUACCCCUGGGGAAACAGGAUCCCAGGCGCUCGAUUGUCUGUGUUACGUACAGGCUGUCGAGGAAAACGAGGUAGAAGUGGUCGACACAGCCUCCCGGGGUCUUUGCCUGUAGCCCAGGCAGACUAGUAAACCUCACUGGAGAUGCUGACGGUCGAAGACCCCCCAGGAAACAAGGCACAGAGCAGACUAGCAGUUUGUCUCAAGUCAUAUUACGAAGCACGUGCCGCAGUGUGGGUGCUCCGUUAGACCUUAGGAGCUGUGUCCUCGGACUCCAGUGCCACCUCACACACACACACUCACACGCACACUUUAUUUGGGGGUAACAGUGUAAACAUACAGAAAGGUCAAAAGAAUUGCACAGUGGACCCCUGCAUAACCACCACCAAGAUCCUACAAGUCACGUUUCUGCCGUAUUUGCUUUAUCCUGUACCAAACCACCCACCAGUACGUUUCUGUUGCGUUUUGAAGGAAACAGCAGACUUGGACGUAUUUUUCCCAUAACACUUCCAUAUGCAGCUCAACAUGGGCAUUGACUGCUUUCUAACUUAACUAUUUUACUGCUUUUUCAGUGUUCGUAUGGGACAUUUUGUCUGCUGGCAUUUGGGUGUUAAAUGUUUUGAUGCUGGUACCUGUCACUUUUGAAAUGGGUUUUGCUUCCAGUCAUCAUAUAUCCAGUAUGUCCUACAAGGAACUAGAACAAGAGAUCUGACCACACCAGUAAUCCUAGCAGGAGAGCCAAGCUUGGCUUUUUUUCUCUUCUGCAUGCAAAUGUUGGUGUUGCAGUAUUUCUAAGGGGAUCGUAGAGGGCUUAUCAAAUUAGGAGAGAAAAACAGGUAGUAUGCCCCCUGUAACCUAACAGUGACAGGCACCGCCACCGCUUCCUUAAGGAAAAGACCACGAGGUGAGGGGAGGGUCUACUUGGGGGGGGCAGUCCCCAAGGAAUUGGAAGCGGUCCCUGUAUGUUCCUGGCUUUGUGGACGCUCGCUGCUCCCUGUGUUCCCUGCCAUCUUCUCGUGUGCUCACCUUUUGACUGCAAAGUGGAUUGUUGCCUUGCCAACUCGUUCACUCUGUAAAUCCUUUUAUCUUGUUAUUAGGCUGCACUUUGGCGUAAAUUGCAAUCGAUUAGGGAUCGUUUCUCAGACUCGAGUUAGAAGUGAGAGUUCAGAUAAGUGAGGCCACCAUUGCUGCUUUGAACACGUCAGAAGGGGAGAAUGGAUUUAUCAGGAGUGAAAAAGAAGAGCUUGCUAGGAGUCAAAGAAAAUAAUAAAAAGUCCAGCACUAGGGCUCCUUCUCCUACCAAACGCAAAGACCGCUCUGAUGAGAAGUCCAAGGAUCGUGCGAAAGAUAAAGGGGCCACCAAGGAGUCCAGCGAGAAGGACCGCGGCCGGGAUAAGACUCGGAAGAGGCGCAGUGCGUCCAGCGGGAGCAGCAGCACCAGGUCUCGGUCCAGCUCUACCUCCAGCUCGGGCUCCAGCACCAGCACAGGCUCCAGCAGCGGCUCAAGCUCUUCUUCCGCGUCGAGCCGCUCGGGAAGUUCCAGCACAUCCCGCAGCUCCAGCUCCAGCAGCUCCUCUGGCUCGCCAAGCCCUUCUCGGCGCAGGCACGACAACAGGAGGCGUUCCCGCUCCAAAUCCAAACCACCCAAGAGAGAUGAGAAGGAAAGGAAAAGGCGGAGUCCUUCCCCUAAGCCCACCAAAGUGCACAUAGGGAGGCUCACCAGGAAUGUGACCAAGGACCACAUCAUGGAAAUAUUCUCCACCUAUGGGAAAAUUAAAAUGAUCGACAUGCCUGUAGAAAGGAUGCAUCCCCACCUGUCGAAAGGCUACGCGUACGUGGAGUUCGAGAACCCUGAUGAGGCCGAGAAGGCACUGAAGCACAUGGACGGAGGACAAAUAGAUGGCCAGGAGAUCACUGCCACCGCUGUGCUGGCCCCCUGGCCUAGGCCACCCCCCCGGCGAUUCAGCCCUCCUAGGAGAAUGCUGCCACCACCUCCCAUGUGGCGUCGGUCACCCCCGCGGAUGAGAAGAAGGUCCCGCUCCCCGAGGCGCAGGUCCCCUGUGCGCCGGCGAUCUCGCUCCCCUGGCCGCCGCCGCCACAGGAGCCGCUCCAGCUCCAACUCCUCCCGAUAAGCAGGGCCCCCGGAGCUCUGCGCCCUGUGACUUCGAUCCCAUCCACUUGUUUUGUCACUUCUCUAGCCAGAGGAGGGUUGGUAGGAAAGAAAUUCCUCACUCAGGGCGGGCUUCGGAGACAGCAGCUGAGACGGCUCCUCUGACGCAGACUCCCGGGGGGAGCGUCGGCGGUUCGGGUCGUGCCUAUAAGAAUGCCCUCCAGUUUCUGGCUAGGAAGCUCCCCUGUUUCCCGUUCUUAAGAGAGUCCCUCCGGUGGCCACGCCAGCAG